AUGAACGUCAGGCUGGCCCUAGACAUCGAGAUCAUGACCUACAGGAAGCUCCUGAAGGAAGAAGAGAGCAGGAUCAGUGGAGCCCUGGGGUCUGGACCCAUUGCCAAGGUCACCGUCAAGGAGCUCCAGCUUCUCCAGCUGGAGAUGAACCCAAGCCUUUAUUCUGGGAAGCACCAGGAAAAGGCACAGAUCAAGACCCUCAAUAACAAAUGUGCAUCUUUCAUUGAUAAGAGAUGCCCAGUGCAGAGCCAUAGCAAGCUGCUGCACAGCACACCUGAGACAGGGAAUGCGUUUGCCAAACUGCUCAGCAAGAUCAAGCUGGAAGGAGCCACUGAUGAAGCUGAGGAGCAUGAGGAAGUGGUUGUCAUGGAUGUAAAAUGCAAACUCUACAAGCUGGAGGUACCCCUGCAGAAGGCAAAGCAGGACAUUGGACGUGGAUGUGGCUUUGGUGGAUCUGGCAUCGGGUUUGGCUACAGAGGCUUUGGCUAUGGGGUUGGUGGAGUCUCCAGACCGUGCACCAUCAUACCCAUCACCAUCAACAAGCAACUGCUCCAACCGCUCCGAUUGGAACUGGAUCCCAAUGUGCAAAUGGUGAAGAACCAAGAGAAGGAGCAGAUGAAGACCCUCAACAACCAAUUUGCUUCCUUCAUUGACAAGGUCCGAUUCCUGGAACAGCAGAACAAGAUGCUGGAGACCAAGUGGAGCUUUCUGCAGGGUCAAAAUCACAGCAAGAACACCAUCAAGCCCAUGUUAGAGGCUUACAUUGGGAACUUGAAGAAGCAGCUGGAAGCACUGGGGAGCAACAGAGCCCAGUUAGAAAUGGACCGGAAAGCAACCCAGCAGCUUUUGGAUACCAACAAGAACAUGUACAAGGACGAAUGCAGCCAGCGGCCCUGCACCGAGAACAAGUUUAUUGCCCUGAAGAAGGAUGUGGACGAUGUUUUCUUACACAAAGCAGAGCUGGAAGCCAAGGUGGGAAGCCUGAAAGAAGAGGCUGAAUUCCUGAGAAAGAUCUACAAAGAGGAAACCCACCAGCUGCAGACCCAGAUCUCUGCUACUUCAGUGGUCAUCAAGAUGAACAAAAGCCAAGAUCCAGACCUGGGUGGCAUCACUGCGGAUGCAAGGGCUCGGUACGAGGACAUUGCCCGCAAGAGCCGGGCAGAAGCACAAGCCUGGUAUGAAAGUAAGUUCAAGGAGCUGCGAGUUACUGCAGGCAGAAACACCGACAGCCUGCGAGAGACAAAAGCCAAGGCAGCUGAGCUGACACGGAAGGUCCAGAGGCUGAAUGGAGAAGUCAAGAGUGCCAAGGACCAGUGCACCAAGCUGGAAGCCGCAGUGGCCAACACUGAGCAACGUGGGGAGACAUCCAUCAAGAAUGCGAAGCAGAAGCUGUCCGAGCUGGAGGAUGCUCUGCAGCAGACCAAGGCAGACCUGAGCCAGCAGCUCCGCCAGUACCAGGAGCUCAUGAACGUCAAGCUGGCCCUGGAUGUUGAGAUUGUCACCUACAGGAAGCUGCUGGAGGGAGAGGAGAGCAGGCUCUGUGCAGAAGGUGGCUUCCCCAUCAACAGCUGUAAGUUGGAAUGUUCACCUUCUACCAAACUUGGGCAUCUUCUGCCUCUUCUCCAGGGAAUUCCCUAAGGUGAAGCCCAGCUUUGCUCUGCCUUUCCCAGCAGUGAGCUGCAGCGACGAUGGGAGCAGCAAGAGCACGAGGAGCCCCCACAUGAAGGG